AUGUCAGGCAAGCCCGCGAGUGUGGCCGCGUCGCGGGCGGGCGUGGCGAGUGUGGCGGGCGUGGCGGGAGCGCCGCGCGUGCUGCUGUACGUGGCGGAGCGCCAGCUAGAGCCCGCCGCCGCGGGCCCCGACCAACUGCCCGCUGCCGCGCCGUUUGACGCGCUCUACAUCCACGAGAACAUACCGCACCAAGUCCCUUUGCCCCAGAAUACUCUCUAUAGAACCCAACCAGAACAGAAUGAUCAGAGGAACACCUGUGGAAACUUGUUCUACAAGCAUCUAAAUGAUGAGGGUAAAUUGAGUGCGUAUGAAGCAACAGAGAACAUUGUAACCCAAAGAAGUGAUUUUUUCCCUGUUUCGCAACAGUUUUUAAAAGAACCUCCUUUAAAAGUUGAAGAUAGUAAGAAUAUUGACAGGCCAAACAAUGUUAAUUUAAAAAUAGAUUCUACUAAUUCUUUGUCUACAGAGUACAGCAGUGUAGAGACAUUCCAAGCACGGGUUCCUGUAGAGACUGGGGAGAUAGUAACAUAUCAGAGAUGUCCUGUUAGUUCAGAUAAUAUGCCCUCAAUGCUUCCAGUGAGGCAACAUCACACUCAAAAUCAGUUUAAUGAAAGUAGUGCAGUGCAAGGUGAAAGUGAGGGCACAAACAGCAGUGAGAGGGAGGUCUCUAUGAAUAAGGGUUAUGUGAACUAUCAGUUUUUAGAACAAAGUGCAACACAUCAGUCUAUUGUGAAUCAAAGUAUAAAUAUACUAAAUCAGCAAAUUGGUGUGAGUAGGACUAUUGGUAGUGAAGGGGAUAGUGGUAGUGCUCCACAGCUAGUACGCACUGCAGAUGGUGUGGUUUUAGCUGUGUUACCAUCAUCUACCUUGCCUCAUUGUACUGAAACAGAGUUUAGAACUGCACAGAGUGAAUUUCCACAAACAAUUACUGUGCCAUUAGGUUGGAGAAGGAUUGUGACUGGUGCUUCUGUACUAUAUAUUAGGUAUGUAUUAACAUUCUAUUAA